UUUUACAACUAGAGAAACCUGGUGGGUUUUGAAUAAAAAAAUUUAUAUAUGGAUUCCGACAUUGAAUAUUGUUGUUGUUGUUUCGAUAUGAACUGAUAUACGGAAAAGAGCUAAGAGGUUGAUGCUUUUCGGCGCAAGCCAUGCAGCAUCGUCUUCAUCGAUGGGUCCGCUUUGUGUACAUCGUUUCAUCAUGUCUCCAUUCUACUCAUCGUAGAUCCUUAUGUUUUAGUUUUCAUCAUACAGGUCUUACGAGCGAGGCUUCUUAUGAUGGAAAAUCGGAACCUUACAUUAGCGUUUUCCAGGUGUUCUGAAUAAAUCCUCAACUUUACUACUGUAUUUUGAUUUCUGAAAUUAGAGAGAGCUUCAGAGAAGCCUUCAAUGGGGGAUUCAGCUCGUGGUACCAAAGCAACUCAACCUCAUUGGCGAAGUGGUUAUGAACCAUCUGAUACAGAGACUGAAUGGCAUGAAACUCCAUGGCUGGAUCGAACUAGAAGAAAUGGGGAACUGGGUUUUGAAGGGGCGGCUGCUGAUAUGGGUUCUGAUCAGACAGGUAGAAUCAGCCCUUUGAAACUCAGCCGGAGACUCCCCGCCAAAUUUGAACAGGAAGUUUCUCCUCCUCCUCCUCUUGCUAGGCCAGCUAGAACAAGCUCAGCCCGGAGGAGACAUAGCAGGUCUCCUUACAAGCCAAACAGAGAUGAUAAUCCAGACACAACUGGUUUUGAUCUUCACAAAAAUGUGAGUGCUCUGUCUCCUAAGCCUAUUUCUAUAUCUAGACAAAAUUCGAGUCCCUUUAUGAAAUCUGAGGUUCGUAGACGCCCAUCCCCUUUCAAACUUAUGAGAGAGGAUACCAAGUUUGGGGCUGAGGAAGGAGGAGUUCAUUCUCAUCUGAGUGGAACUUCAAAUAUUGUCCAAAGAUCAAUGUCGGCUCCAAGACCACGUUUGAGAGAGCAAGACCAAAAGAUGAGAAAUCAUCGUCCAGAUCAAAAUGGUGGAAGGAAUCCUUCAGUGGGUGAAAUCAAUGAAAUGGUUGCUAAUGCAAAGAUUUCUAGAUUUCCAGCCAAUCAAACUCCUGUGUAUGAAAGCAGUGGCUCAAUUUAUCCAAACGAUAUCUUUUUCUCGCGCGACUACUCAGCCUUGCAAACAACGAUGCAGAAGAUUGUCCUUCCAAAAAGCAAUACCAGAUUGUUGAAUGGAAAAAAUCGUGCUGUUUAUCAACAGACCAAAGUGAAUAAUGGUGGUUUCAAUCACCCCAGGCAGAGUAAUGGUAAAGUAAGUAAAAGUAGUAGUAAACGGAGCGACACCAGUGGGGUUUCGAGUGGAAGCUCGAGAAGAUUUGCAGCCAACAUGAGCAAACACCAAACAGAAACUUGGUUCUCUUGCAUCAAGAAGGGAUCUUCUUGCAGGACCUCAAAAUCUCCAGAAAGAAAGACAGAAAUCGACGAGUCUUCAUUUAUACAGAAGGCAUCCGUAGUCGAAACCCUAAGAAUGUUAUGGGCUGAUAAGCAUCAGCCUGCUUCACUCAAUGGAUUCACCUGCCACAAAAAUGAAGCAGAAUGUCUAAAGCAACUAGCAUUGCACCAAAUAUUUCCUCACAUUAUGCUAAAAGGACCAACAGGAUCUGGAAAAAAAGCACUAACAAUGGCACUGCUUCGCGAAAUCUAUGGAGAUCCUGCUUCGAAUAUUUCUCAUGAAUUAAGGCACUUCCAUAUCCAGGAAAUAAGAACAAUUGAAGUUGCGGUUCCCAUAACCUCCAGUGCUCAUCAUGUUGAGCUUAACGUGCACUUGGAACCUAACGCGAGUUAUGCACUAAUGGCAUUAAUCAAGCAAAUAAGCAUUAAUAGUUCAGUCACCCCUGAAAUCAGCGCUGUUAAUUCGAAAGCAGAUUUUAAAGUGCUGGUUCUUUAUGACGUUGACAAAGCAAGCGAGAACAUCCAGCACUUGAUAAAGUGGAUCAUGGAUUGUUACACAGAAUCGUGUAAACUCAUACUCUGCUGUGAAGAUGACACGAGUAUUCUCAGUCCUGUGAAAAAUCGAUGCAAAGUUAUUAAGGUUGAUGCGCCCACGACACAUGAGAUCAUGGAGGUUCUUGCUCAAAUAGCUAAGAAGGAAAACUUUGAACUAUCUACGAGCUUUGCUGCAAAAAUCGCUACCAAAUCCAAGCAGAAUUUAAGAAAAGCUAUUAUGGCCCUUGAAGCAUGCAAAGCCCACAAUUAUCCUUUUGUCGAGGAGCAACCAAUUCCAAUGGGAUGGGAGGAGGUCCUAGAGGAAAUUGCCUCACAAAUAUUAGAAGAUCCAUCACAGAACAGGUUAUUUUUCAUAAGAGGGAUGUUUCAGAAGCUUCUUGUAGAUUUUCUGCAUCCCAGGCUAAUAUUACAGAAGCUCGUCGAGCAGUUUCUCAAGCGAGUGGAUACUAGUAUGAAAAGAGACCUUUAUUAUUGGCAUGCUUAUUAUGAUAAGAGACUUCCUGUUGGAACAAGUGCAUUGCUGAAACUAGAAGAAUUUGUAGCCAAGUUCAUGAGCAUAUACAGGAAGAGUUCCAUCAAGCAGCCAUAAUUUUAUUGGAAGCUUUGGUUUUCGACGUGAGGACAUGCAAAUGCAAUUCCGGGGAGAGUGGUCUCAAAAAGUUGGAAAUUUCACUUUUUUUCAUUUGAAGCAAGAUUCUGAAUUCAAGCUAUGUUGAUUUGAAUUUCUAGUAAAAUGUAAAUGAGCGAGAUAGUAAAUAAAAUAAAAAUAAAGUUCAAUUAUUUGAAAUUUUGUGUA